AAACUCUUCUUUUUUUUUUAUGGGGCUUUGGUGAAUUUUAUAGUAGUUGCAAUGUGAACGAAUAAUGUAGAAUUGUCUUUGAUGUUAUUAAACUGUUGCUACUGAUUAAGUAACAUGUGAAAAUCUAGGUAAUACCCUUUGAAAGUUCAUGAAUCAUGAUGCUUUGGGUUAUCUUUAUGGAUAUGAGGUUUGAAUGCUUUUUUCGAUUAGCUUCUCCCUGUAAUUGUAUGUUUCAUAAGAAACAUAACUAUGUAUCAUCACCCAUUAGGUACACAACAACCACAUUGAUUUUUGUUGCUAUAGAGCAUUACUGGAUCUCAUCAAUUUAAUUUAAUAGGUACUGUUAAGAAAAAUAACAUUUAUUGGUUUUAUUUCUUCCCAAAUGCUUAAAGUUUAUCACUUUAAUUCUAAAUUGAUUCCACAUAGAAAAUUGUAUUUUGCAUCCCAACUGUAACAUUUAGCAAUAUUUUUUAUUAUUAAUUUGUCAAACAUGUGUAUCGGAAGCUAACUUAUUGGUUAGUCUACUACAUACACUAAAAUAUUCCAUCCACCAAUUGUGUUACUUAUUAUUGAUUAGUCUCUUGUAUGCAUGGACAAAAUGGAUUGGAAGAAUGGGAGAGUUGGGGGUAAGGAACCCGGUCAACUUGAAAUUUUAACUAUUGUUGUAAUUUCCUUUCAAAUAAAAUUUACAUAUUCUCAAUCCUUAUUGAACAAAUUUAGCUUUUGUUUAAUUGUUUGCAUACAAAUUAGUAUAUCAACCUUGGCUCCAUCACCCAAGAAACAAAUAAAAAAUAGCUUUUUUUAAGUUCAAGUGUGAAAUCUUGACUCACAAGUGAUGUAGAAUGGAGUUUUGACUCCUGAGUUUAAUUUGGAGAAGCAUUUGUUGAAUUUUAUUCAUUGAAUCUUAUUUCAUUUCUUCUUUGGUUUGCUUUUGAACAACCCAAAGGCAGAAGUAAGACAUGCUUGAUGACGGGCAAUCCAGCAGAGGAAGUUGCAAUUUUUGCCAAGUCAUACUGAAUCUCCAGAUAUCCAGACUCGUGAGGAUUGUUACAAAACAUGACAACUGUAGCUCUACCUACAUGGGCACCUGCAAAAGGUGGUAAUGAACAAGGUGGUACUCGAAUUUUCAGCCCCUCCCAGAAAUACUCUUCAAGUGACAUUGCCUCUCACACAACCCUAAAGCCCAGAAAGGAUGGGCAAGACACUAAAGAGGAAUUGCAGAAGAGGAAUCUCCGUGAUGAGUUGGAGGAGCAGGAACGGUGGCAUUUCUUGUUGAAGGAUAUGUCCUAUAGUGACGAUAGAGAUCGUAGAAAAGGAGGCCAUCUACUAUUGGAAGGGGCAAGGAGAGAUGCUGAAGAUCGCCUCAUUCCACGCAGUGUAGAUGCCGAUGAUGCUGAUGUGGAACUUAAGAGCAAUGAUGGAAGGUUGUCACUCAUUGCAAACUUACCUGAAUUAAUUCAUAUGUUAACAAAAAGCUUAUACCAAUGGCCUGAUUUGUCAACUUGUGGUGUGAUUAUCGAUUUAUACUUGAUAGACCUUCUCCAUUUUUUUCAAAUCAGUUACUAUAAAGGAUGAAAUGUUUUUAAAGUAUAAUCUUGAAGACAAUAUGCAAAUGUGCAUGUGAAUAUAGUUGAAUGUUUUUUUCUAACACUUGAUUUUGUUAUUA